AUGACUUGUUAUUAUUUAAUAUUUAUUAUUUAUAUAAUUAAUUGUUUACACUCCACUUUUCAAUAUGCUCAAACAAAAAAAUUAAUAAAAAAGAAUGAAACAGCAAAAUUAUUAGAUCGGGUCUUUCAAAAUGAUAUGAUUUUAACAAAAUCUGACAUUAAAAUAUUUUUUGAUAACAAUGAUACAUCUAAAAGUACAGAAACUACAUUGUCUCAAGAUGAAAAAUUAAUGACUUUCUAUACUGCACUUGCUCCAACUAGUCCCAAAAGAUGGGUUAAAUAUUUUGAAAAUGGAACAUAUUAUAUUCCAUACAAUUUUGAUAAAACAAUUAAGAAUCAAGAAAAAAAUUUAGUUUUAAAAUGUAUGAAUAUCAUUGCUCAACAUACAUGUAUUCAAUUUCGAAAACGAACAACAGAAAUUAAUUAUUUAAAUAUUCAAUCAACAAUUGAACAAGGUUGCUUUUCAUAUGUUGGAAUGAGAGGUGGAAAACAAAUCAUCCAACUUGGAAAUAAAGAAUCAUCAACAUGUUUUUUAAAAAGAAUAAUAACUCAUGAAUUGUUACAUUCUGUAGGUUUAUAUCAUGAACAUAUGAGAAAAGAUAGAGAUGAUUAUAUUAUUAUUCAUAAAGAAAAUAUAAAAGAAGGAGCUGAAAUACAAUUUCAAAAGAUAGUAGGAUCAGGUGUUUCUACAUAUGAUACACCAUACGAUUAUUUAAGUAUAAUGCAUUACGGGAAAAAUUUUUUUGCAAAAGAUGAUAAAUUGAUAACAAUUGAACCCAGGAAUAGAAAAUUUUUAAAUUUGAUUGGACGACGAGAGACACCAUCAUUUUAUGAUUGGGAAAAAGUUUGUGAAAUGUAUCAAUGUACAAUUUGCAAUAAUAAUUCUUAUAAACUACUAGAUAAAUCAAUGUAUUUUUUAAAUUAUUUAUUUCUUUUGAUUGUAAAAAAUUUAUUUUUAUAA